AUGGCAUCGUCUGAUAAUAUGGAAAAUGAACGAAAAUAUGUUGAACUUAAAGUUGGAAUGGAAGUCCACAGUGAAGAUGAAGCAUAUAUAGGUUAUAUUAAAAUUAGUCAUUUCAAUGAUGAGCAUAACCAUGAGUUUGCUGUACCGGAAGAGAGGAAAUUUCUAAGGAUAAAUAGAAACAUAGGUCCAGCCAGUGCAGGUGUUGUCAAUGAAAUACAUUUUCAUGGUAUCAGAUGGACAGACCAUCUUUCAAAAGAGAGUGGUGGGUCUGGAAAUGUCGGGUUUAUGCAAAGAGACUAUCAGAGUUCUGUAAGCCAUCAAAAGAAACCGAAUUUGAUUGAAAGAGGGGAUGCGCAAAGUCUAAUAAAUCACUUCAGCCAUUGUCAAAUCGAAGACCAAAAGUUUUUUCACCAUGUGGAACUAGAUGAGGAAGGUCGAUUGGCAAAUUUCUUUUUGAGAGAUGGGAGAUCAAAGUUGGAUUAUGAUUAUUUUGGAGAUGUUGUGAUAUUUGACACAUUUCGAACAAGCAAAUAUGAUAUGAUAUUUGCUCCAUUCGUGGGAGUUAAUCACCAGAGGAAGAACAUUUUUUUUGGUUGUGGAUUCCUUUUGAAUGAGACAAUUGAUUCAUUUGUUUCGUUGUUUGAGACGCUUUUAGAGAGAAUGGGGAAUCAACCACCAAAGACGAUAUUUGCAAAUCAGUGCCAAGUGAUGGAAAAUGCCAUUAAGAAAGUUUUUCCCAAUACAUGCCAUCGUCUUUGCUUGUGGCAUAUUUCAAAAGAUGCCUUCCUAAAGAUUGCGAGUUUGUAUGCCAAUUCUGACUUCAAGAGUUUGUUCCACGAGUGUUUAAACAGUGAAACAGAGGAUGAAUUGCAAUCAACAUGGGCCGAGAUGAUUCUGAGGUUUGAUCUUGUAGGCAACAAAUGGCUUGAAUCACUUUACCAACUAAGAAAGAAGUGGUGUCCCGCUUUUAGCCUAGCCACUUCUACUCCCUUUUUUAGUUCCGCUCAAAGGACUGCUGCUGAUGCCAAAUUGGUGAAAUCGGACGAGGUAUUGGCUCGGAUGUUGCAGUUAAUAAUGGAAGGUCCAAUGCAGACAAAUACAAUCAAUGUUGGCAUGAGCAAAUAUCAUAUGGAGAAGAGAAAUGACUUGCUGCUUCAUCACAAGCGUAAUCCAGAAGUGGGCAAGGCUGUGACUGGCUCUGUUGUCUCAGGGAUAACCGGUCCUGCUGCUACAUUGACCGUUGAGCCUCACUAG